AUGGCCAAGCCCACAAGAUCCCAGGCUAAUGUUAUCCAACCCCCGCCAUGCAGUAAACACAUUCUCAACGCCCAAGUGUCCAUUCGCUCCGCCUGCUGCCGCAAGUGGUUCGAUUGCGCCGAAUGCCACGGAGAACAAGAGAAGCACCAGCUCAUAAAGUCCGCUGAAAUGAUCUUCGCGUGCAAAAAGUGCAAGAAGUGCUUCCGCAAGGACGCUAGCGAGUUUGAAGAGAGUGACGAGUACUGCCCGCAUUGUGACAACCAUUUCGUUCUCGAGGCCGUGACACCACAAGCAUCUCUCCAGGUGGAGGGUGACGACGCCCGCAUGGACAACCGUAUGCUCAAGGAUGACCGUGUCCGCGGCGAUAAGGACCGAUCCCUCUUCAAAUUCCGCGAUGUCUCCGACCGCAUGGGCUAG